AGGCGGCCCCGUGGCUGAUUGAAGGAAUCUUCCUCGUCCGCUUAGCGCUUGGGGAAGUGCGAAACCAUCCGCCACUGGGUAAAGAUUGCUCGGUUUCUAUCGUCGUAGUGGUAGCGUUGCCACGGUGCUCGGCUAGCGGCAGAAGGGUCCAGCGCUCUCGCUCGCGGUGUUUUAGAGGCGUGCUUCGCUAAAACACCCAGCCCACCGGCACGGCAAUGGAUAAGGACGAGUUGGUUCAGCGGGCCAAGCUUGCGGAGCAGGCCGAACGGUACGACGACAUGGCGGCCGCCAUGAAGCAGGUCACAGAAACGGGCGUGGAGCUCAGCAACGAGGAACGCAACCUGCUCUCUGUCGCCUACAAAAACGUCGUCGGUGCCCGGCGGAGCUCAUGGCGGGUCAUCUCCAGCAUAGAGCAGAAGACCGAGGGCUCCGAGCGCAAGCAGCAGAUGGCCCGGGAGUACCGGGAGAAAGUGGAGAAGGAGCUACGCGAGAUCUGCUACGACGUGUUGGGUCUGCUAGACAAGUAUCUGAUCCCCAAGGCGAGUAAUGCCGAGAGCAAAGUGUUCUACCUGAAAAUGAAGGGCGACUACUACAGGUACUUGGCAGAGGUUGCCACCGGCGAGCAGAGGAACAGUGUGGUAGAGGAGUCUCAGAAGGCCUACCAGGAGGCCUUUGACAUCUCCAAGGGCAAAAUGCAGCCCACGCAUCCUAUUCGACUCGGCCUGGCCCUCAACUUUUCCGUGUUCUAUUAUGAAAUUCUCACUGCCCCUGACAGGGCCUGCCACUUGGCCAAGCAGGCAUUCGACGACGCCAUCGCGGAGUUGGACACGUUAAAUGAGGAUAGCUACAAGGAUAGCACGCUCAUAAUGCAGCUCCUCCGAGACAACCUCACGCUCUGGACGUCGGACACCCAAGGGGAUGGCGACGAGCAGCAGGAAGGUGGUGACAAUUGAUCCUCGUGUGUGCGCCCAGCCCCUUCCGCGUGCAUUCCCAUCGCGCUGCGGCCGCCCCAGCAGCAACGUCGACUCCGUCGCCCCUCGCUGCAGCCGGCCGAUGGCGGUGAUGCUGCUGCUGCCGACGUCGCCGCCGCUGCCGCCGCCCUCCUCCCCUCCCUCUUCACCGUCCUUUCUCUCUUCCUACUGCCGCCUUCUCUGGUCGUCGUGGUCUUUGCCGCCGCUGCGCCUCCUCCUGACUAUCUUCUUUUCGUUCGUCGUCUUGUUUCGUGUCCACUGUGUGGAAGGCACCCCUCGUUCUUCGGUAAAUCUUGUCUUGCCAAACCUCACCCGAGGGGGGGCAAAAGGGUCUCGAAACAAAGCAAGCUUCGUCGAGCGGCUACGUUGUGUGAUGUCACUUUUUUGAGCCGUGCUGUGUGUAGUGUUGCGGCCGCCUAAGUACCCCCCCCCCCCUCUUUUUUCUUGAGCUGUCCUUUUCUCCUUCCCACGUCUAGAGGGGGAGGAAUGCCAACUGGUCCAAUGUUCUUUGUGCUCCCACAUUUUUUUUCUUUCAUUUUCAAAAAAUUUAUCUGCUUUGAAAGUGCAGCCUGUAUUUAACGGUGGUUGCGUUCGUGGAUUCAGUGUGCGAAGGGUACUUGCAUCCUUUCGGACAGCUGGUUCCCCUGUUCCUUUCACCCAGAGUUGAACCCUGCCCUUCAUGUUUUUUUGUUCUCUUGCGGUUGUGCCUAGGUGUUUUUGGUCAGGGAGGUUGGCCGAAGUUGCUCCAUACGUCCCUCAACAAACCCACCCGCCGUUUGUUCACUGCUGUUUCGAUUUGUCGGAUACGUUGUAGCCAAAAAAAAAAAGCAUUUCUCCUCUCUCCCUUUGUUAAGACUGUUUCUUGGAGGGAGCAUUAACAGCGAGAAUCCAGUCUUCCGUUGUUUUAUUCUCUUAUGCAUUGUUUUACUUUGUUAAUUUCUUUCCUGUAUGAGUGGAGGGAGUCGUUUACCCGGGCUGGACAUUUUCCACAAGUGACACUGGGCCGAGGCAGUGUGUGCAAGUUCAGGUCUAUACUCAGAUACGAGAAAAAAAAAACUUGGGUUUAACACUUCUUUUUGAAAAGAUUUGUGCCUCCCGUUGGACGACGCGACGGCAGCGACCACUUUAUUUCUCUCUCCUGCCACUACCUUUGUCUCGGACAUAAUUUUUAAGUGUUCAGGUUCGUGUACAGCUUUUUUUUUUUUUCCUGUUCUUCAACUGUUUUUGUUAGUUUUUUUUUUCUAGGAGGAUGACGUUCUAGUGAUGCAGAGCUUUUUAUUUGUUCAACAAAGAGAAGGCAGGGGGAGGGAUUGCAUAGAAUAGGGAAAAAAAAAACGAUGCACGGCGGCCUUCUUACUCCGCCUUGAUGUAGGAAGUGCGUCUUUUCUGUGAAACGUAAGGGAGGGGCCAGCGAAUGCCUGCGACCACCACUACUAUAUUUAUGAUCUUCCGUAGCCGACCACUUUUGUUUCGAAGCCGUCACUCCUGUUGACAUUCUCGUUUUCUCGUGUUAAGGACUCCCCACAACUUGGUCCUCUUUCUCUCCUUGCCCUCCCUUGCCCCUUCCUUCUCCCUUCUCGCAGCAGCAUCGUUAUAUUAAAAAAAGAACAUUGUCAUUUACUGGAGCUGUCACCCGAUUCCUUUUGUUUGCCCUCCUGUUUGCGCAUACAGUGUACUGAGAACUGAUGGAAGAGAAACGUGUGCCCUUGAUUUCGA